AUGACAAUUUUCCUUCAAACAACUUUGUGUGAAGGAAUAUGGCAUCAUCACGGUUUAUGGCAAGAUUGCACUCGCCCGCGUCAUCAUUCACACCCAGUAAACAGUGAAGAGUACAAGGAAAUGCAGCAAACUACUUUAUUCUGCACAUAUAAGUUUGAUCAUAAUGCUCGAGAGAUUAUUGAUGAGAAUCUACUGGAUGUAAAUCAAAAUAGUGCUGCUGGUGAAGCUGAGUAUCAUCAGUUUUUUGGUUGGCAAAAGGCUGUGUUAAUAUGCUUCAUUGUGGUCUUUGCAUUUAAUGGACUGGCGCUGUUGUGUGGCAUUUGUGCUCCAUGUAGUAAUCCUGUUGCUGUUUUCUUUACUAUCCUCAUCUUCAUCUCACUAUUUUUUUCGACUGUUGCAAAUGCGAUAUUCUUCUUUGCUGCACAUCGAGUUGACAGUCGAUUUGUGCAUGGACUUGUUGGGACUUACGAGCAAGAAAUUGGUUCUGCUUUCUAUUUGUCGUUGGCGUCGACGUCUUUGCUAUUAUUUUCAUUCCUUCUGUCAUUGGUAUCAACAUACUAUUUAAUUCAAGAUGCAAACAAAUCGCAUGAUGGAUUAAUCUCACCAGUGAUGCGCGAAUUGGUACCAUUAUACAACUCUACCAGGCACACUGCUAUUUAA